UAGAAUACGAUUCUAACCAACACUCCAUUAACAGUUUUUAGUGAGAGAAGACAGCAAACAAAAUUACGCCGAGGGAACACACAGUCACAUAUACAUACAAAAAAAGAUAAGUAUACGAAAUCAGAAACACUCCGUUGUGUCAAAACCAAACAACGGUCUUGCAAUAACAGAAUCUAAGGUUUGUUCCAGAAAACGUUUCCCUUUCAAACUUGAACCAUGAAGAUUAUAAUCCUGUUAAGUAUUUUAUUAAUUCUUCUCCAGGCCUAUACAGGAACCUCCAGACGAUAUUAUGCAAGACAUAAAUUGGAGGCAUUGGCUCGAUAUCAAAGCCACCGACGACGGAAACAAACUGAAAGAACGUGCUCCAAAUGGCGUGAAACUUGCCAGCCUUGGUCCAACAGCAAAAGCAAAUGCUGCGAUCCUAGCAGUUUAGUAUGCAAGUGCAACCUUUGGAUGCAGAAUUGCAGAUGUGUGAACAAACUUUGGGGUGGAUAAAAUAUUCAUUUACCGAACAGUUCGACAUGAAGAGCUAAAUAUACCGGAAGAAAUAUAGUAGUAAUCUUGCAAAUCUAUUUUAGUAAAGUAGUAUCUCAGCUACUAAUUUUCUUCAAAAUGAUCUCCGAAUUAUUUCACUUAAUUUUAAAUAAAAUAAUCAAUAUAUUUAAAAACAAACAUCAAUCUAAACCUUACCGGAUGGGAAAAACUUACGAAGAAGAGAUAGAAUAAUAUUUUUCGCAUUGUAAACAUACAUUUGUUAGAAAGAUCCUUUGUUGUUUGAAAUGCAAUAAAAUGCCUCAAAAUAUCUUCUGAAUGCUAUUUUAUAUGAGUAAAGAAACAAA